AUGACGGGCUGUAAAAACAGCAUCGGUGAAACAGCCUCCGCAGCUUUUUUCUGGGUUAAAUGCAUCGGGCCUCUCCUGAAGAACCUAAAUCCAUCGGGGACCCAGCCACGUAUCCACUUUGGCCCCAGUGAGACCACACCAGCGCCGGAUAAGCUGCUGAGCGCGGGCAGUGGGGACCAGUCUUGGUGGGGACCCUCGGUGGAGAACCUGCGCAAGAGCAAAACCCCACACAGUGGAAAUGUAUUUGCAGUAAAACCCCACUAUUCAUUUCCGUCCUUCCAUGGCAGCAGCCAGUUGCAGACGGAAAUAAAACCGAAACUCCCCGCGGUGGCCGAGGCCAACGGCGUGCUGCGAGGCUGCGAGCCGGGGGCCGCCGCCGCGGGCAAGGGGGGAGCCGGAGCCAUCGCCGCCGCCAUCAACAUCAACGCCUCGACCUCCAAGUUCCUGAUGAAUGUUAUAACAAUUGAAGACUAUAAGAGCACAUAUUGGCCAAAGUUGGACAGUGCCAUAGAUCAGCUUUUAACUCAGAGUCCUGGUGACUACAUCCCUAUCUCCUACGAACAAAUAUACAGUUGUGUGUAUAAGUGUGUAUGCCAGCAGCAUUCGGAACAGAUGUAUAGUGACCUAAUAAAAAAGAUAACUAACCACUUAGAGAGAGUCUCAAAGGAGCUGCAGGCCAGCCCUCCAGAUCUCUAUAUUGAAAGAUUUAACGUAGCUCUUGGACAGUAUAUGGGAGCAUUGCAGAGCAUUGUGCCUCUUUUCAUAUAUAUGAAUAAAUUUUACAUUGAAACCAAGCUUAACAGAGACUUAAAAGAUGACCUUAUAAAGCUGUUUACGGAACAUGUUGCAGAAAAGCACAUUUACAACCUAAUGCCUUUACUUUUGGAAGCUCAGUCAACGCCGUUUCAAAUAACUCCUUCAACCAUGGCAAAUAUAGUGAAAGGCCUGUAUACACUACGACCAGAAUGGGUACAGAUGGCACCAGCUUUAUUUUCUAAAUUCAUCCCAAAUAUUCUACCCCCUGCUGUGGAAUCUGAGCUUCAGGAAUAUGCUGCUCAAGACCAGAAGCUUCAAAGAGAGCUUAUGCAGAAUGGAUUUACUAGAGGUGACCAGUCACGCAAGAGAGCUGGAGAAGAGUUAACUUACAAUGGCUCAUCAGCUUGUGCAAGCUCCAGGGGGUACAGAUAGUGAAUAUACUGGAUCAGCUUCUAUUCCUAGCCAGAACAGACACUGGAGGAGCGCAGGUGGUAUCCGGAGCCUCCUUUGGCAACUGCUGAUACUCGAGCUCUGACACGAACUAUGCCUCAAAGAAGAAUUUUGGACUUUCUUCUUUAUAUAAUAAAAUGUCAGUUGCUGCUACAAUUGGGAUGACUUUGAAAGACAUGAUUCCUUGGUCUAGCCUCUCAACAAGUUCAUGUUCUGCGAUUUUUGUGAGGAAUGCACCUUGAAAAACAAUCCUUUCAAAGUGGAAAUGGGCAGCCAAAAUCAGCAGCUUCCAAAAGCGUUAGAAUGGAAGAAUCUUUUUUGCACUCUUUUCUUAAAUAUUAAGGACAUUCUUAAAACUAGUUAACACGUCAGUGUAUUAGUUUUUAAACUUCAAGGUAUUUUCUGGAGCUUUUCCUUAAAUAAUAAGAAUAAAUUUUCAUUAUUUUGCAGUAUUUGUUCAUUAGUUUAAAAGUUGUCACCUUUUAAGAGUUGGUCCCAUAUAAAUGUAUCUUCUGUCAGGGAGUUUUAAAUUCCAGAUUUUCUUUUAUCUCUUUUUUUGUUACUUGGUAUUUUGAAAUCUGUUUUCCUAUGUGUUUGUACUCUGUGCCUUCAGCUUGUGCACUUUGCAACUUUAUAGACCAUAUUUUGUUACUGCAAAAUGUGUUCUUGAGGAAAAACUUGAUGUGAACAAACAUGCUGCAAAGUUGCACUUUCUCUUUGCAUUAAUGGGAGGUGAAUUUAAGGAGAAAGGAAGAAAAGUUGAACCUAUCAGCAUCACUAAUAGUAACUUGAAGUUUGUCCACUUUUUUUUCAUAUGUAUUAGUGUUUAAUGCUGGGACCAACUCUUGUAGAACCCCUCUCAUUGACUUUUCAUUGGCUUCCAUAAUUGCAAUAGAUUGAGAUGUGAAUUCCAGACUGAAUGAAAUACUAAGAUGUGUAUUAUGCUGUGCUAUGUAGAAACAUUGUGGGCAAAAAUCUCCAGUCUCGUAGGUCUGCAAAGUGCAUCUCCAUCAGCACAAACCAGAUUUGCACCUGAUUAAUCGGUGAACAAUGGUACCUGUCCAAGAUCACUUUGUGGCUCCUUGUGCCAUUUCUCCUGCUUUGGGGAUGUGAUGGGGGGUGUGAUAGUGGAUGUGGUGAGAAUCGGGGAGUUGAGGAGUGGUGUAAUGCAUGUGUGUGUACCCAUCAGCCUCCUGCUUCCAGUCUUGUGUAAACUUGGCUGGAGAUCCAGCUGAGCCCAGGAGAUCUGGAUCUAUGGUCUAAACCCUAAUGAUUGUGACAUGGGUUUGUAGUAUGGCUAAUGCAAUUCUUUCAUGAGGGGAGAAACAUACUUGAAAAAACAGUGUGACUACAGGUUGUGGGGUUGGUUUUUUUUAUUACUAUGGAUUUAUUUUUUAUCACCUUUAGUUAUGAAGAGAAAUGAGUUGGUAAUAUAAAAUCUUUCUGAAGUGAAACAAAAGUUUGUUCAGUUUUGUCUUGCACAACCCUUAUGCCUGUUUAAAAAACCCACACAAAAACCUGACACAACCCCCUUUAUGCUUGCAUGAAUUCAUUACAAAAUGCAGGAAAAAGAUAAAAAAUAGAUGCGGCAGGGACAAAGUUUCUUUUUGUUUUGUAGCCAGGCUUCAUGUAAAUGAAUUUAAUUCUAUCAGUUUCACAUCAGCCACUUUGGCAAUGCUGUUAGUUUGGAGGGGGUUGGGGGUGGAGGGGGGAGAAUGAGAAGGACACUGCUGUGAUUGACAGAUUCACCUUUAUAUUUCUUUGCUUAUUUGCAAAACCUGUUUAAUUUUGAGGAAGUUUUUAUUUUAAAAGUAAAAAUGAAUGCUUUAGUGUUUUGUUUUCUAUGCAGAACAAUGCCAGCAGUCUAAUCUCUUCCCCAACAGUGGAAAACCAAACCACUCUGAGUAGGGAUUUUUCAAGUGUUGAUAAUGUUUGCUUCAACUUUGCUACCAGCUACUUAAGUUGAAGCAGAAUUAGAUAAAAACAGGGGUUUUGAAAGUUUUACUGAAGUAUGCAGUGGAGAAGUUAAUGAAGGCUAAUAGGGAACAAAAAUGAUUUGCCAGCUUCCAGAUUUUUAUUAGUUUUGGCUUUAAACAAAAAUAAAACCUCUGAUAGUGUCCUUAGCUUUAAAAAUCACUGUUUGCUGAAGUGACAAUAUUCUUGAGUUAAGAAUAGAUGCAUUAACCUAAUUUGGUUAAAGUUUGUUUACAACUUCAUUACCAUUCUAGUUCACAUAACACAGUAAUCAAGCUCUGUCAUCUUUGUCAAGUGAUCACAAUUUUUUUUCUGUUCUUAAAGUGGUUUUACUGGUUCAAGUUUGUAAAUAACACGUCGUGCUUUUGCUUCAAGUUUGAGGCAAGGGUUCAACAUUCAUUUUACAUUGCAUUAAGUUUGGGACACAAACUUCUAGAACAGUGAUUCCAUCAAAAGGUAAAACAUUCCUGUCAGCGUGUUUCACUUCUUAUGCACUGAGUAGUGCUUGGAUGCUUCUCAGUCCUGUGUAGCAUUUUCACUUGGCCACCAUACCUGAGAAAUCUGUCUGUUAAGCACUGUAUUAUGUUGUAAAUUUGGCAUUAAAAUUCCUGUAUGUUUUGGCAUUAUUAACAUAAUGCUGAAAUAUUGUUUAUCUGUUUGAAGACGUUAUCAUUGUGACUGAGCAUGAAACAGAAUACAGCAUACUAUACUAGAUUAUUUUGUUUCUCUGUAAACUUGCAUUUUACUUACAGUAAAACUAACUCAGCCAACUUGAGCAUCGGUACUGUAAAGCCACAAUUACGAACAGCAUGAUCCUAAUUGCAGUAUUUAAUUUAACCAAAUAACUUGUGGUAAAUCCGUUGCAUCUGUAGCUUACUCUGUUAAGAUUAAGAGUAAAGUCAGUUAUACAAUGGGUGUCCUCUUUAUGUUGCACUGGUUCUAUAGCCAAACUUGCUACAUUAAAAUAUUUUUAGAU